GUUGCGUUCAGGACACUUCACUGCUGACGGACUGUCAAAAUGACUUAAUAAACACAGUAAGUAAAACCACCAAUAGGUUCCAUCCGAUGACUCCGCAGCGACCUGAUGGGCCAAAAUAACCUGCCCUUGAACAUCUCAGUCUAAGCAGUGGGAUUUUACUGUUCUUUUCAUGCCAAACGUGUGUGUGUAUCUGGCCAAGUGAUGUAGCUUGCCACCCAAAGGCUGCUGCCAGUCCUGUUUAGCUCUGGCAUAAACCUGCAGUGGCUUUGCCCCCCGAGAGGAAGCCAACUUUCCCUCCAGAGCUCAAGGCACACCACUGAAAAACGGAAGACUGUUACCUCGGAUGAAGGCCUAGUCUUGAGGAGGAGGGGGCCAGGGCUUGGCUGCUUGGAUCUUCUUCAACCCUUGUUGGCUUGUCAACAAACCUACAGACUUUACCAGCUGACAGCUAAUUUGCUUUGUUGGACAUGUGGAUGUUGCUAACUGGGUUUUUGUGCCCAUUUUGGAAAACCUUCUAGUUGUGAGACUUGUAGCUCAGGGGAAGACCCAGCCAUGGAGGGUCUUGAACAGCUUGACAUGGUGGGCAAUAUCAGCCCAGCUCUUGAGGCCACUGAGGACUUUAUCCACUGCAUGGAUGGGAUACAAGGCCAAGGUCCGAGCCAAGCUCAAACGGGGACCCUGCAGCCUUCCAGGCAGCCGAAGCAGCUGCAGGAAGUGUCCAGCGCAGCGCUGGGGAAGCUAAGCUCCAGCGGCGUGUGGAGCCUGUUGGCCCGGGAGCAGCCAGAGGUGGGGCCUCUAGGAUUGGCCUGGGCCGACAACUUCAGCGUUUUGGGGCUGGGGAUGGGCCUGAGGCACGGCAAGAGGAGCCGAGCACGCUCCACCAACGACCUGGCGGCACAUUCGAAGGAGUGCACCAACAACACCGCCAACUCCUCUUCCAACUCUGCCUUCAAAAAGGGACACAACCGGUCAAGGUCAGACGUCAACUACCGGCCGUCUGCGUACACAGACAACGGACUGCCAACUGUGGACUGCAACACCCUGAAGAACAUGAUCCUCAACCACCAGCCAGAGGCUGAUAAAAGCAGCAGUAGCAGCGUGGUGAAGCAGGGUGAGAUGGAGCAGCGUGAGGGGCCCCGGGGCCGCUGGGCGCCUUGCCACGUCGAGCUGACAUCCUGCGAGCUCCGGCUGUAUACUCUGGACAGCAGCGCCAACCGCCAGCUGGGCACCGCCUACUCUCUGUCACACUGCCAGAGCGUCAUCUCACCAGCACCCUGCAGCCAGCCCGGCCAGAUCACCCAGCCUGCCGAUCAACGCACGCUCCAGGCUUUGUUCUUCAACAGCACGCGUCUCCAGCUGAGGGCGGCCAACCAAUGGGAGGCCAUGGAGUGGAGACGGCUCAUGUGGGAGAAAGUGCAGGCAGCCCGGCCUCUGAGGAAGGAGAACCAUCAGCGGAAGAGCGGCGUGGAAAAGCAGCAGGUCGUCAAGUUUCCCACGGCCAUGUCGCCGUCCUCAUCGCCCUCUCUGUCGGGGCUCGACACCCGGCCUGACGGUGAGAGUGACACCUCAGCAGAGGUGUCACUCCAGUCUCACUCUGGUGUCCUGAGCAGACCCACCACCCUCCCCCUGUUCAACCAGCGCUGCCAGGACGUCCUCAGAGCCGGUCUGCUCCACCAGCUGAUGGAUCAGAACAACUCGCGGGCCUUCACUUUCGUCCUGACCAGAUCUUCUCUCCGGGCUUACCCCACAGAGGGCCGCGGGUCCGUGUCCCAACCUGUCCUCCAGUAUUCCCUGUCCUCCUGCUCGGCCGUGCAGCACGAUCCGGAGCAAGAGAAUGGAGAGCCUUGGACAGAAAUGGGGGACCGUUUCCAGGUAGUUUUCCCCAAAGAGGUGCUCAGACUUCGGGCGGAUGAUAGGGUCAAGGCCCAGGAGUGGGUGGAGGUCCUGCGAGAGGCAGUCGGAGCGCAGAGGCCUGCCCCAGCAGAAGGAGGAGAGUCAGGGGAAGGAGCUCCGACCCUGCAGGGAGUGCUGCUGAGAUCGAAACCAUUCAGGGAGAGGAAACAUCGAGAGGCCAUGAGAGCCAAGCGGCAGUCCGUCACCACCAGUUUCCUCAGUAUUCUCACCUGUCUGGCUGUGGAGAAGGGGCUGACCGCUCAGAGCUUCAGGUGUGCAGGUUGCCAGCGUCCGGUCGGUCUCUCCAGAGGAAAAGCGAAGGUCUGCUACUACAGCGGCUGGUACUACUGCCAGAGCUGCCAUCAGGACAACUCCUUCCUCAUCCCAGCACGCCUGCUGCACAACUGGGACACCAGCAAGCACAAGGUGUCCAAACAGGCCAAGGAGUUCCUGGAGUUUGUCUAUGAGGAGCCCCUGCUGGACGUCCAGCAGCUCAACCCUUGUCUGUAUGAGCACUGUGAGCCUCUCAGCACGGUGCUGCGCCUUCGUCAGCAGCUCCAGUCGCUGCGGGCCUACCUGUUCAGCUGCAGGGCGACCAUCGCAGAGGACCUCAGGCGAAGGAUCUUCCCCAGGGAAUACCUGCUACAGCACAUUCACCUGUACUCCAUGGCUGACCUGCAGCAGGUGAUUGAUGGGAAACUGGCUCCCUUUCUGUCCAAGGUGAUCAAGUUUGCCAGCUCCCACGUUUUUAGCUGCAGUUUGUGUCGAGAGAAAGGCUUCAUCUGUGAGCUCUGCCAAAAUGGACAGGUCAUCUACCCCUUCCAGGAGAACGCCACCAAGAGGUGUGACGGCUGCGGCGCCGUGUUCCACACCGAGUGUCGACAGAAAGCUCAGCCAUGUCCUCGCUGUGUCCGCCGGGAGCUGCACAAGAGGCCGUCCUCCUUCUGGUCACCUGACGACGACAGCCCCGGGUGCUUUCACCUGCCGUACCAGGACACCUGA